CAAAAAAAAAAAAAAUGUUUAUGGGUAAAAUAGUGAUUUUUUGUUAUUUUUGCAUUUUUAUCCGUGAAAUAAUAUAAUUUCUUGUUUAAAUAUUCUCAGCCGACCUAGUAUUUUAAGGGGGAUAGUUGAUAGUAGAAUUAGUAACCGCUGUGAAAAAGUAUAAAAAAACUGGUUAUAAAUGACCAAAAAUUAAAACGUAGCUACUUUAUAAAUAAAAGUAUUUGAUCUAAGUUUAUAACCAUGUCAAGUGCUGAUAGAAUUGAUUUUGAGAUGGAAGUGGAAGUCGAAAGUGCUUCAGCUGGGCCGCCAGUAGACCCUCCUAACCCUACGUCGCCUGCGCCGCCAACACCAGGAGGGACGAAGAGCGUGGUGGUAACCACAGCCACCUCCGGCUCUGUAACCGUGUCUCUUCACCCACUAGUUAUUAUGAAUGUCUCCGAACAUUGGACACGUUUACGAGCUCAGGAAGGUUCACCGCAAACGGUGAUUGGUGCUUUGAUUGGUAAACAGAAAGGUCGAAACAUUGAAGUUAUGAACUCAUUUGAAUUAGUUUUUAGUGUAAUUGAUGGGGACAUCAUCAUAGAUAGAGAUUAUUAUAAUUUAAAGGAAGAACAAUUCAAACAAGUAUUUUCUGAUAUGGACUUUCUUGGUUGGUACACAACUGGUGACACACCUACAGAGAAAGAUAUUGCAGUGCAUAGACAAAUCUGUGACAUAAAUGAGUGCCCCGUGAUGUUGAUGUUAAACCCUGCUGGGCGAAAUGGUGAUCAACUGCCAGUAGUGCUAUAUGAGUCAGUGAUAGAUGUGGUAAAUGGUCGGGCCACAAUGCUAUUAGCGCCCCUUACAUACACACUGGCUGCUGAAGAAGCCGAGCGAAUUGGUGUCGACCAUGUUGCUAGAGUGUCUUCAGGGGAAGCAGCUCUUAACAGUUUAGUGGCGGAGCAUUUGACAGCGCAGCGCUCGGCUAUUAAAAUGCUCGUGUCGCGAGUGCGCGCGGUGCUGGCGACGGUGCGCGCCAUCCGCGACGGCACGCUGCCGCCGCGCCCCGCGCUCCUCAGGGAAGCGCGCGCGCUCUCUAACAGACUACCACUGCUUACCUCGCAACAGUUCCGCACGCACUUCUAUAAUCAAUGUAAUGACGUAGCGCUGAUGACUUACCUGGGCACAAUCACGAAAGGAUGCAACGCGAUCAACCAGCUGGUCAAUAGGUUUAACGUGCUGUAUGACAGGCAGGGAAUGGGUCGCCGCAUGAGGGGACUAUUCUUUUAGUUUAAUCACUUUGUUGUAAUACUAAACCUAAUAGUGGCAACGAUAUGUAAUUUUUAUUGCGUUAUUAAUUGGAUGUACACAUUCGUCGCGCAGUUUAGCGGUAUGUAGAUAGGUCUAAGUUUUCGCCUAUACAAGUAUGAUAUCGCGUCAACCCAACUAUUGAAUUAUUUACCAAUUUCAAAUAUAAAAUGGAAAUUGUUACUCAUAUAUAACAGCCCAAAAUUCAUGAAAAUUUCACGCCAGUAAAACAACAAGUGUUUGUAAAUUUACAUAUAUUUUUAAGAAACAUAAAUAGUAUGUCUCCAUUGCACCGUAUGCGAGUUGCACGUGUUCAUUGUGUUAAUAUACACCGAUGCUUUAUUACAUCGGUUUGGUUGUCUGUUUUAAGUUUUUAAACAUUUUGGGUUGUGUCAAUCUUUCAACAUUGACUGAAUAUGAAAUAAACAUGCAGAUAUAAAA